AUGUCUGAAGAAGAUAUUGCAAUCUGCAACGAAAGUGAUACAGAAUUUUGGGAAGAUCAAUAUAGAGACGGUUUAAAAAAUGUAUUAAUUAUUCUAUUAUGUAUAUUGUCCAGUACAUUGACUACAUAUCUCCUAGACAAUCCGUAUGGUAGUUAUAUUCCAAUCAUGUUAAUAGCCAUGUAUGAAUGGUACAGAUCUUAUCCACGACAGACACGUUCAUAUUUGGGUUUAUGUAGAUUAUUAUUAUAUUUAUUAGUUAUUAGUUUAUGGGUUGUAUUUAUAUUACGAUUGAUUAUCCAAGGUAUUGGUUUACUAUUAGCUUAUCGUCAAAUAUCAAUAGGACAAGUUCAGCACUUAUUUCCAUAUGCAUUAAUAUUUACUACUUUUGCUAGACAUAGGCAUGAUAUGGAUUUACAUGAUAAAAGACGUUAUAUUAUACAUUUAUUAUAUGAUGUGCCGGCAUUUUUAUUAGUUAUAAUUUUUAAGUCUUUGAAUCAUCCAUUAAACGCAUUAUAUAGUGAAAUUACGACACAUUGUUAUCUAGGUUGUUUACCUACUGCUGCUGAUGUAAAGACGUUGAAUAAUAUUGGGAUCGAAUAUGUUGUAAAUAUGUGUGCUGAAUAUAACGGUCCACAUAGAACAUAUAAAAAAUAUAAUAUAAAGCAGUUGCAUUUACCAACCAUAGAUUGUACAGCACCAUCACUAAAGACAAUAGAAAAAGCAAUCAAAUUUAUGAAUGAAGCAUAUACAAAUAAUAAAAAAAUAUUUGUUCAUUGUAAAGCUGGUAUGGGAAGAAGUGCUACCAUUGUGUUAUGUCAUUUGGUUGCUAAUGAAAAAAUGUCAUCGGAAAAUGCAUUGAAAUUAAUGAAAGAAAAAAGACCUGAAAUAACAACUAGUAUCAUCAAAUAUGCACCAGUGAGACAAUUUUUAGCUUCGUUGAAAAAGAAUAAAAUGCAAUAG